AUGUAUUAUGUAUAUGUAUAUGUAUAUGUAUUGAUCAAUCAGACAACAUUCCCAGAUGUAGUGUUCAUCACCAGCAUCCUCGAGUACUCUGGUGAUGACUUCCUGUUGUUGGGUUUAAACAUAUCGGCAACUUGGGUCUGUAAUGUGAUGCUCUAUCACUUCAACUCUAAAAGCAUGAUACUAUCAACCAAGUCUAAGGGACCAUCUUGUCUUAAAGGCUAUGCCUCGGACAGUACCGCAUCACUUGGUUACGAUGCCAUGAACAACAUUGCCUUUCAGGUGGGCGCUGCUUACCCACCUCCAGAAUGGCCCGUUCUGAUGCAGUACAACUUUGACACCAACAAAACAGCACCAGCACGGUCUUGCAGGCUCACUCAUUCAACUUCCGCAGGCACCAGCACGGCCACAUCAUCAUCUUGCUCGUGA